AUGUUGAGAAACUAAGACAAUAAAACCUCUUAGAAUUUUAAGCAGGUGCCUUACAAUUAGCUUUUUAAUAUGAAUCCUGAUAAUAAAGAUAAAAACUAUCCAAUAAAAUCUGCAACAUUUUUUAAAAAUAUGUUCGUAAAACAAAAUCAAGGAAUUGAGCAUAUUUAUAAAAGUGAAAAGUAAGAUGAAAUGUAAAAAAAUGAUAAAUUUUCUAUGAGUCAAGAUCAAAACUUUUAACAUAACAAAGUAAGUAAAAUAAAUACAAAUGAAUAAACUAAUUAUUUAUCGCAAUUCCAUACAAGUCAUUCUAGCUUAGCGCUACUUGCAAGGACCAAAGAAGAUAUAUAGACAAUUUAUCAGGGUUUUAAACAAAAAACUCAAACAUCGAGUGAUGAAAAUAGAUUCUUUUUUCCAUCUCGAAAUAAGAUGUUUAAUGAAACUAAGAGUAUCAUAGAAAGGGGAAAAGAAAAACAAGAUAUUAAUAGCGGAUUUUAAAUAAGUAGUAAUAACUAAUCUAAAGAUUAAAAUGUUAAUGUAAAUUAACAAAAUUCAACUUUAAAAAAAAGUUCUAUUCUCAUCAGAACUUAAUAACAAAAUAAUAGAAGUUAAAACUUGAGAUAAGUAAAGUAAGAUAACUCAGAAGAUAAAGAAACAGAAUUGAAAACUGAAAUUAGUAAUCAAAAGAUAGAUACUUAUCAAAUUAAAUAAAAAUUUAAGGAAGCAAGAGAGAAGAAAAUAUAUUCUAAAUCCUAAAAUAAGUUAAAUCCUGUGAAUGAAUUUAACUAAAUAACAACUCCUUAUGAUAGCUUUUUUAUUACACCUUAAAGUAAUAAAUUAAUUGAAUUGAAAAAUUACAAAACAAACUAAUCUUUUGCAAAAAACCACUCAUUCAAAGACACUGUUUAGUCGUAAAGCACUUCUAUAUCUCAAAAAAGAUCUUUCAAUUUUAGUCACUUUGAAAGGUUUCCAAAACUAGAUUAAAAUAUUUUCGAUAGCGAGAUUCCAAGCAUAUUAGAAAAUGAUAAACACAUCAAUCAUUCUAGAAGUUCAAGUUAAAUCAGAAAGAAUACUCGUAUAUAGAGAUAAAUAGAAGAUCCUUCCUUUUUAUUUCCUUUAAAAGAGCAUUCUAAUAACAAUAGCUUUUAAAAAAUAUUUAAGGGAUUAAAGCCAAUAAAAUAAGUAAAUAAGUAACUAGAUAAUGAAAAUAGUUUAAUAGAACAUGACUUUGUUUUAUCUAUGAACAAUGAAUUAUCACCCAAAGAAAAUAAUACCUCGUUCAAUAAUUAAGAAAAUGGAAAGUCUAUCACAGAUCAAGCAAAUGACUUUAUCUAAAAAUUCAAGAAACUAAAUCCAUUACUAACUAUUCAAGAAGAGAAACUUAAAAAAUUGCAAAUUCUUAAGCAAAAAGAAAUACAGUUAUAGUAAUUUAUCCAAAAAAGAAACUUUGUAGAGGCAAUCAAUAUAAUGAAAGAGUUUUUAGUUUAAGCAUCAUAAGAGAAGAAUUUGGAGAAUUUUGUUGAUACGAUAGCCUAUUUAGGAUAGCUUAAUUACUUUAAUCAUGAUUUAGACAAUGCAUUAUAUUCUUUCAUUCAACUUAAAAAUUUAAGUGAAAUUGUGGGAAGCCCAUAGAUAAAAAUGAGAUCUUUGAUACUAUUAGGAUAACUUUUUUAAGACGAACAAGAUUACAAUUAAGCACUUUAGUUGUAUAGAAGAGCUAUUCAUUACUGUUGGUAUCUGAACGAUUAAGAUACUGAAAUAGAUUUAUAUGACAAAUUAGGCUUUAUUUACUUUAUGAAAGGUGAUAUAUAAAAGGCCAAGUAUUUUCAUGAAAGGUCUAUAUCCCAUCAAUUAGAGAAUCCUAAAUCAGAAAAUAUGCAACAAAGCAUUUACACGGUUUCCUAAUUAUUUUCUAAAAAUUAAAAUUUUAUACCAAAUUUAAACCAAAUGGUCCUUGCUAAAUUAGGGUUAUUAACUGAUUAAUAAGAUUAAUUGAGAUUUUCAACUAAGUUAUCUGCACACCAUCAAAUAGUAAUACUUAAAGAAGAUAAAGAAAUAAAUUCAGCAAAUCAUGACCCUAGCUAAAUUAAUCCUGAUGAUAAAUUAAAGUAAAAAGUAAUACCAGAGGGUAUGGAAAAUGUGAAAGAAUACUAAAUUAUUUAAAAGAUUCUUGACCAAAAGAAUUCAUUUCAACCAAUUGUAUUAAAAAAUAUACAAUAUAAGGAUCCUCACUCUUAAAAAAUAGUUGACAAGUCUUUGUUGAAAUUAACUAUAGAAGAAAAAGUGCAAAAAGUUAAAAUGGACAUAUAUGAUGAUAAAAGAUUGUAAAAAAAAUUGAAAGAAGCAUAAGUAUCUGCGAUGAUAAAUAGAUAGACUUGCAAUUAAAAAUUCUUUUUUAAUCACUGUACUCCAAAUAGAAAUCUUCUAGGAUUUAAAUACACAUUUAAACCUAAUUCUCUAAAAUUUAAGAAGUAUUUUUAAAAAAUGGAAAAUAUGAUAAUUAAUUAAGUUUAUUGA